UGUUAAGCAUCCGCGGCAUUCAGGAGGAGGAGCCGCCGGAUGCUCAGCUGAUGAGACUAGAUAACAUGCUGCUGGCUGAGGGAGUCUCGGGGCCCGAGAAAAGAGGCCGAGGAGGACCGAUGGCGGGAGCAGCGGCAUCAGGUGGCUGUCCCAAUGACAAUAGCAUUGAGCACUCUGACUACAGGGCCAAGCUGUCCCAGAUCCGACAGAUUUACCACUCUGAGCUAGAGAAAUAUGAACAGGCCUGCAGCGAGUUCACCACCCACGUGAUGAACCUGCUGCGCGAGCAGAGCCGCACGAGGCCCAUCUCGCCCAAGGAGAUCGAGCGCAUGGUCGGCAUCAUCCACGGCAAGUUCAGCACCAUCCAGAUGCAGCUGAAGCAAAGCACCUGCGAGGCUGUCAUGAUCCUGCGCUCGCGCUUCCUCGACGCCAG